AUGGCAGAAAGAGCAGAAGGAAGGCCCUCAGAUGCGCUCAGCGUGAUGGUCAUUGAUGAAGAUGAGUUCCAUGCCAACUCUGCAAAAUCCAUUCUCUCUGAAUUGAACUAUUAUGUGGCAGUCUAUACAAGUCCCAUAGAAGCGCUCGGUAUUCUUGAAAAGAAAGCACAUGAUGUUGAUUUUGUCAUAGCAGCGGUGGACAUGGAAGAGUUGAAUGGCUUUCAGUUCCUGGAAGCAGCCAAAGAUAUGCAUCGAAACCUUCAAGUGAUCACAGUGAUGUCAGUAGAUACAACAAUGUACACAAUGAAGAGAUCUAUUGAACUUGGUGCUCGUUUUUUGGCGAAGAAGCCUCUUGAUGCUACUACCAUUCACAAUAUGUGGCAACAUCUUGAUGUAAAAGUUCUUAGGCUGAACAGGAUGAAGUAUCUGUUUCAAGGUGUUGGAGAUAAAGCGCAAGAUGGAGAAGAAGUUGGAGAGUCUGUAGAACAGCAAAAGGAUGGAACUAAAACGACCACUCAUUUCAAAUGGAUACCUUUCCUGGAGAGCAAGUUUUUAUAUGCCCUUCAAAUACUUGGAGCAAAUGCAUCGCCCAGCAAGAUAAAGAUAAUCAUGAACGUGGAUACUGUUACGAGGAAACAAAUUUCUGCGCAUCUGCAGAAACAUCGAAAGCGUAUGAAAAGGGAACAAAACAUGGCAAUGUUUAUGGAUAGCUACGGGAAUUGUGCCUCAAGUUCUAAAUCCGUGAAGACUCGUCAUACAAUCCCUUACAUGUCGGGCUAUCAUUCAGAAGACGAUGUCCAAAGAACAAUGAUGCCAAACUUGUUUGGAGACACUCAAGGCGUUGAUGUAUCUGCAGCAAUGCGAAGAGCCUUACAACUUGGGGCUGUUUUUGACGAGUUCCAGUAUUCCAAUGGUCCUUCUAGUGACGAACCAUGUGAAGUUAUAGGACAUAUAACAGGAGAAGAUGGCAUUGUUGAUGAAGCUAAUGGCUCAAAUUCAUCUAGUCGUGAUCAAGUUGCUGCUCAAACAUACAAUUCAAGAGCUACACAAGCAAUCACAUUCCGGAACAAUUAUCAUCAUGACCAAGUCUCCAACAUAAGUAAGGUUCCAGUUGAGGGCCUUGUAGACUAUCCAGAUUCCGAGGAUUCUGAUUAA